AUGUCUGCCAGUGAAUCCAAGUACUCUGCUGAAGUCCUUUCCGAGUUGUUGAGCAAAUUACAAGUUGCUGACAACAAGGAAGAGGCCGCUGCCAACGUUUCUUCUUUCUUGAACUCUUCCAUCAUUGAACACGAUGUUCCUUCCGAGUUCUUUGCCGACUUGAAGAAGCAAAUCAACAACAAGAGUGCCGAUGUUGCCGUGGCUGCUUUGACCGCCUACACUCACAUUGCCUCUGCCAACGACAUGGCUGCUUCUGUUGAGCCAUACAUUGUCCAAUUGGCCACUGACGUUGCCACCAGAAGUGGUGACAAGAACAAGGAUGUUGCUGCUGCUGCUGAGAAGGCUUUGUUGGCUAUUGCCACUGCCAUCACCCCAACUGCCAUCAAGGCUUUGUUGCCAGGUUUGAUGGAGAACUUGUCUUCUACCAACAAGUGGACUGAGAAGGUUGCCAUCUUGAAGGCUGUCUCCCAAUUGGUUGACACUGCCAAGUCUCAAAUCGCCUUGAGAAUGCCUGAGUUGAUUCCUUCCUUGUCCGAGGCUAUGUGGGACACCAAGAAGGAGGUUAAGGAGGCUGCUCACGCCACCAUGACCAAGUCCACCGAGACCAUUGACAACAAGGAUAUCGAGAAGUUUAUCCCUAAGUUGAUUGAGUGUAUCGCUAACCCAACUGAAGUCCCAGAGACCGUCCACGUCUUGGGUGCCACCACUUUCGUCUCUGAAGUCACCAUGGCCACUUUGUCCAUCAUGGCUCCAUUGUUGUCCAGAGGUUUGGCUGAGCGUGACACUGCCAUCAAGAGAAAGGCUGCUGUUAUCGUCGACAACAUGUGUAAGCUUGUGGAUGACCCACAAGUUGUUGCUCCUUUCUUGAGCACCUUGUUGCCAGCUUUGAACGCCAACUUCUCCACCAUUGCUGACCCAGAAGCUCGUGGUGUUACCCAAAGAGCUUUGAACACCUUGAGAAGAGUUGGUGCCGUUGGUGCUGAUGACGCUAUCCCAGAGGUUUCUACCGCUGGUGACAUUCCAGUCACUUUGGGUGUUUUCGACGAGUUGGUUAAGGACAAGAAGAUCGCUUCCAGAUUCGACGUUGCCAAGACCUACAUCGCCGCCAUUGCCGGUGACUUGAUUGACGAGAGAGACAUUCAACCAGACUCUUGGUUGAAGAACAUCUUGCCAUUCGCCACCAUCUUCUUGCACGAGGCUGACGCCAAGGAAAUCAUUGAAGAGUUCAGAAAGAGAGCUGUCGACAACAUCCCAGCUCCUCCAGCUUUCGAGGACGAAGAAGAUGACGGAGAGGACUUGUGUAACUGUGAGUUCUCUUUGGCUUACGGUGCUAAGAUCUUGUUGAACAAGACUCAAUUCAGAUUGAAGAGAAACAGAAGAUACGGUUUGUGUGGUCCUAACGGUGCUGGUAAGUCUACCUUGAUGAGAGCUAUUGCCAACGGCCAAGUCGAAGGUUUCCCAUCUCAAGACGAAUGUAGAACCGUUUACGUCGAGCACGACAUUGACGGUACUGACGCCGAGACCUCUGUUGUUGACUUCGUUCUUGCCGACGGUAUGGUUGGUUUGACCAAGGAAGCCGCUGAGGACAAGUUGAGAGAGUUCUCUUUCACUGAAGAAAUGAUCAAGAUGCCAAUCUCUUCUCUUUCCGGUGGUUGGAAGAUGAAGUUGGCUUUGGCCAGAGCUGUGUUGAAGAACGCUGACAUUUUGUUGUUGGAUGAGCCAACUAACCAUUUGGACACUGUCAACGUCGCUUGGUUGGUCAACUACUUGAAGACCUGUGGUAUCACUUCUAUCAUUGUUUCCCACGACUCCGGUUUCUUGGACAAUGUUGUUGAGUACAUUAUCCACUACGAAGGUUUCAAGUUGAGAAAGUACAAGGGUAACUUGUCUGAGUUCGUCAAGAAGUGCCCAUCUGCUCAAUCUUACUACGAGUUGGGUGCCUCUGAAGUUGAAUUCAGAUUCCCAGAACCAGGUUUCUUGGAGGGUGUUAAGACUAAGCAAAAGGCUAUUGUCAAGGUUUCCAACAUGACCUUCCAAUACCCAGGUACCUCUAAGCCACAAAUCAGAGACAUCAACUUCCAGUGUUCGUUGUCUUCUAGAAUUGCUGUCAUUGGUCCUAACGGUGCCGGUAAGUCUACCUUGAUUAACGUCUUGACUGGUGAGUUGUUGCCAACUGAGGGUGAAGUUUACGUGCACGAGAACUGUCGUAUCGCCUACAUUAAGCAACACGCUUUCGCCCACAUCGAUAACCACUUGGACAAGACUCCAUCUGAGUACAUUCAAUGGAGAUUCCAGACCGGUGAGGACAGAGAGACCAUGGACAGAGCCAACAGACAAAUCAACGAGGAUGACGAGAACGCCAUGAACAAGAUCUUCAAGAUCGAGGGUACCCCAAGAAGAAUUGCUGGUAUUCACGGUAGAAGAAAGUUCAAGAACACUUACGAGUACGAGUGUUCUUUCUUGUUGGGUGAGAACAUCGGCAUGAAGAACGAGAGAUGGGUUCCAAUGAUGUCUGUUGACAACGCUUGGUUGCCAAGAGGUGAGUUGGUUGAGACUCACUCCAAGAUGGUUGCUGAAGUCGACAUGAAGGAGGCUUUGGCUUCCGGUCAAUUCAGACCAUUGACCAGAAAGGAAAUCGAAGAGCACUGUGCCAUGUUGGGUUUGGACGCUGAAUUGGUUUCUCACUCUAGAAUCAGAGGUUUGUCUGGUGGUCAAAAGGUCAAGUUGGUCUUGGCUGCUUGUACCUGGCAAAGACCUCACUUGAUUGUGUUGGAUGAGCCAACCAACUACUUGGACCGUGACUCUUUGGGUGCUUUGUCCAAGGCUUUGAAGUCUUUCGAGGGUGGUAUUGUCAUCAUUACUCACUCUGCUGAGUUCACCAAGGACUUGACUGAGGAAGUCUGGGCCGUCUUGGACGGUAGAAUGACUCCUUCCGGUCACAACUGGGUCCAAGGUCAAGGUGCUGGUCCAAGAUUGGAGAAGAAGGACGACGACGAGGAGGACAAGUUCGAUGCUAUGGGUAACAAGAUUGCCUCUGCUAAGAAGAAGAAGAAGUUGUCUUCUGCUGAGUUGAGAAAGAAGAAGAAGGAGAGAAUGAAGAAGAAGAAGGAAUUGGGUGACGCCUACGUUUCCUCCGACGAGGACUUCUAA